CAGUUCUCUUGUAAGUUCACAAGUAGCAGGUGUGGGAGUGUGCUGUGACAGAGUUGUGACAGAGCUAGCCAGAGACCAGACCCUCUCACUGCACUGGAAACAUCACUUCUGGAAACAGUGAGGACUCGGAUACUGUGUGAACAUGAAGUCCUGUGUGUUCCUGGCCGCGCUCCUGCUGACCGUGUGGACCGCUGUGCAGGCUGAGACUGUGACACACGUGACUAGAAGAUUAGUUGCCUGUCAAACUAACGGCACACUGCCUGAAGUUGAUUAUGAGCUGGACGAUGACGAGCUGUUUCAUGUUGAUUUUGAUAAGAAGGAGGCGGUGCCGAGGAUCCCCGACUUCGCUAAGUUCUGGCUUCCUCCUCCGGAAGCACCAGCUCGAGCAGAGGCAAGCAUGCAGGUCUGCAUACAGAACGUGGCCGUCGCUGCACAAUGCCAUGAAUACCCUCCAGAGAAGCUAGACCCCCCUCGUGUUACACUGUACCAUGAGAAUGAUCUGGAGCUGGGGAAGCCCAACACUCUUAUCUGCUUCAUCGAUGGCUUUCAUCCGGCAGCCAUCAAAGUGACCUGGACCAAGAAUACCCUGCCAGUGACUGAGGGAGUCACCCUCUCCCAGUAUUACUCCAAUAAAGAUUUCACCCUCAACAUGUUCUCGUACCUGAGCUUCACUCCGGAGCUGGGAGAUGUGUACUCCUGCCAGGUUCAGCACAGUGCUCUGUCUGAAACACUCACAACGUUCUGGGAGCCGGAUGUACAGACAGAAUCUGAUGUUGGAAAGACAGCGUUCUGCGCUGUGGGGCUGACUAUGGGGCUCCUGGGAGUGGCUGUCGGGACCUUCUUCCUUAUCAAAGGGAACAAGUGCAACUGAUUACAGGGUUUUCCUUUUGAUGAAGAAAUCCUGCUCUGCUCCAGCUUGUUUUUAUGAUUCUCAUUAAUGUAAACUGUCUGUCUACUGCUGUGGGGAAAAAAAGCGAAACUAUGGAAAUGCUGUACAGCUUUUAUUAAACCUCAUGUAAACCUUAAA